AUGUCUUCAUCCGAUGAGGAUAUGGUUGUAGCAUUUAUGUAUUUGAGUUCAUUUAUAUUUACGAGAGAAUUAGACCAAGACCCAGCUAAAUUUCAUGGUUUCUAUAGAAUGAGUAUUGAAUGUUUUCAAGAACUAGUAGAACUAAUGAAGACUUCAAUUCAAAAAAAAGAUACCAACUAUAGAAAAGCAGUGUCUGUUGAGGAAAGACUUUUAAUUACAAUAAGAAUAGUACAGUUAAUUUAUUUUUUAACUUCAAUUAAUGUUAGGUUAUUGUAUGAUAUUUAUAUUUUUAAUUAUUUUAUGAUGAGUGAUCAUGUUCAAGAUGUUAAUUUUAUUACUUGUGAGUGUGGCAAACAAGAAAAUAAUAUGAGCAGUUAUAAUUGGCUAUUGCAUAUAGCUUCUUGUGUAGUGCGAAAGUCAAAACUUACAAAUAAAAAUAUAAGCAACUAUUUCUCAAAAACGCCAACAAUCAAUAAAAAUGUUGGGUCAAACGAAAUUAGUGUUGCUGUUGCACCAAUUUCAGAAUCCACAACUUCAUCACAAAAUACUGAUAUUGGAUCAAAAAGAGGAAAUUUAGUUUCAAUAAAUCAAGGACUUCCAUUGUUUUUUAACACACCAAAAACAUUUACUAGCUAUCAACCAAAUGAUACAAAAUUAUCAUCAGUUUCAAACAAUGAAUCACCACCAACAACUCAAUUUUCACCUCAACAAGACAAUUUGUCCAACUUCCACUGUGAUAUAGAUAGGUUACUGGUAAAAUCAUUUGGCGCGCAUACUUAUGAAGACAAAAUGGAUAUUGUUUUGAGAGGGAGGCCUACUCCUAAAUUACCUAAUUUGAAAUCUAAAACUAAAAAUUGUUACCGAUAUUUUAAUGAAUGUUUUUAUAAAACAUGUGACUGGCUUUGUGGUUGUUCGGAUAAAUUGUACUGUUGGCCCUGUUUGCUCUUUUCACAUAGUGAAUCGAAUAUUUGGUCAAAAUAUGGGUUUACUGAUAUGUCUAAUUUUCAUGGGUUAAAAACUAGACACGAAUCAAGUCAGCUACACAUUCAAGCCUUGGUAAAUUUAAAAACUUUUGGGAAUAAUAGGAUAGAUAUUUGUUUAAGUGAAAAUUUAAAAAAAAACAUAAAUAAACAUAAUGAAAAAGUAGAUAAUAAUAGGUAUGUUAUAAGUAAAUUAAUUGAUAUCACUUGUUUCCUUGCCAAACAAGAAUUAGCUUUUAGAGGUCAUGAUGAAAAAUCAAGUUCUUUAAAUAGAGGCCUUUCAAAUGACAUACAAAAUGAUUUAAUUAAUUCUAUAAAAAAUGUUAUAAUUACAAAAAUUAAAAAUGAAAUUAAAGAUGCUGACUUCUUAGCAGUAAUCACGGAUGAAACAACUGAUAUUACAAAAAGAUCACAACUCACAACAGUAUUUAGAUAUGUUAAUGACAAAGGUGUUCAAGAGAGAUUUAUUGGGUUUUCUGAUGUUAGUGCUGAUAGGUCAGCUAAAUCUUUGGCUGAUCAUUUUUUUUCAAUACUUCCAGAGUAUAUAUGUGAUGAGAACAAAUUAGUUGCUCAGACAUAUGAUGGAGCUGCUGUUAUGUCUGGUUCUCAUAAUGGUUUGCAGACUUUGAUAAAACAGAAAUAUAAAAAUGCAAUGUAUAUUCAUUGCUAUGCACAUAAACUUGAUUUAGUUCUUAAGCAGUCAGUGUCUCAUAUUAAGGAAUAUACUAUUUUAGUUAAAACUGAUGAACGAUUUUCUGAAGUAUAUAACUUAAAAUUUAUGGGGUUACUUGAUUUUGAAAAAUUUUCCCAUUACAAAGAUAAUUUUCCUCAGGAUAAAUUUAGUUCACUUAAACAAACAUAUGGUCAGUAUUUUGAAUUUCCAAAGCUAAAGAGUGAAUUGUCAAUUAUAUAUUCAUCUGAUCAGUUUCAUCAAACACAUAUUUAUAAACUUUUAGAAUAUUUGAGGGAAACAGAUUUAACAACUGUUCUACCUCAAGUUACUAAAUUAUGUGCAUUAAUUUUAACCAUUCCUGCAACAAGUGCUUCUGCUGAAAGAUCUUUUUCCGCUUUAAAAAGGAUAAAAACUUAUUUAAGAAAUAAUCAAACUCAAAAUAGACUUUCAAAUUUAUCUUUACUUUCCAUAGAAAAAGAAGUUUUAAUGACUACAAAGUGUGAACCUAAUUUUCAUAAUGAUGUAAUUAAAGACUUUAUAAAACAAAAUAGAAGGAUAGAGUUGUCUUAUAAGUGA